AUGGACGGCCUGCUACCGCCCCACUGCUUCCGCGACUGUGGCACCCACACUGUGAGUCUGGCCAUCCCCGGCGACCUGGCCAACCUGGCGCUCGGCACCAGGGUGCGGCCCAGCGCGCGGAAAGCCAGCACCGAGCUGCUGGCGCCCCGGAAGAAGAAGGACAAGAAGGACGACGACGACGACUACGAUGACGACUACGACGACGACGACAAGGAGUCCAAGCAGGGCGGCGGCCCGGCCAAGACGUUCAAGAUCAAGAAGCACAAACUCAAGAAGUGGCUGCUGCCGCUGCUGGUGGGCUACAAGCUCAAGUUCAUGACGCUGGUGCCGCUGCUGUUCGCCACCCUGGCGCUGCUCGUCGCCUCGGCGGGCUUCGCCGGCUUCUUCUUCGCCAUGUUCACCGCGGCGCUCACCCUGCCCAAGAGCGGCGGGCACCACUAGGUUGCCAUGGCUACCCCUGUCUUGCUUACCAAAACGACCGGAACGAGUGGGGACGCCGACGGAGGCCGCUCACGCGCAGUAGCGCUCGCGGGGGCGGUUCCGUCGUGAGGAACGAUGAUUUGCGUUGACACUGUUACGUUAGAGGGCAGCCGAGACUAUCUGGACUGUGUCGUGUUCAGUUUGCUCAAUGGUCGUCUCUGCAUGCGCCAAACCGGUUCUCGCCGUCCCCGACAGUGCCGCGGCAGAGCGGCGCCGCCGCCAGUCGGUCUGGUCGACCGGCUCAGGCCCAGCGCCCCUGUCGAGUCCGGGGUGGG